AUGGUUGCAAUUAUGGUAGAGGAGGGAAGAGAACGAGAAAUACACUAUGCUUGCACGAAAGACAUUCGUAAGACUUUGGAGACCUGGAAGAUACGAAAGAACCAGGAGAUAGAAGAUAUGGUGUCUGAGCCCAACAUUAUGGGCGAGACUAAAACCGCGAGACUCCGCUGGCUUGGGCAGCUGGAACGAAUGAUGAAACAGGGCAGUGAAGAGAGCCUAUGGUGGACGACCUGGAGGCCGACGGCCGGUUGGGCGGCCAAGACACCGCUGGAAGGA